UAUACUUCAAUUUGUGGAAAAAUAUACAUAAAUGAUAAACCCCCCAUUUUGCACAUUGGUACAUUGAUCAUGCUCAGCAUCAAGUGUUGCCAGUCGGUUUCCUUGUUUCACCAACAAUUGGGGCAGUAUAAGCCCUUAAAAAUGCACUUCAUGGUCUCUCUUAUGGGUCCACCAUUUCCAACUUUGAUCAAUACCCACAUGAAAAACAAGCAUCAAGUCAGUGUAGAAGAGGUUUCCAUUUCAGAAAAUGGGGAAGAGUUCUCUGGGGUUGUGUACAAUGCUAGGAUUAGGGAAAGUUGCAGAGUAGGGGAUGUUGAUAAGGCCAUGAAGCUGUUAGCUCAAAUGGAGGCUCUCGGGUUUAGUCUUAGCUUGGGAAGUUACACCACUGUAAUUGAGGCCUUAGGGAGUGUUGGGAGGACCUUGGAAGCCGAGGCCAUUUUUAUGGAAAUGGUGCAUUUGGGGUUGAAGCCAGAUUUGAGGGUGUAUAAUGUGAUGCUUAGAAGCUGUUUGAGAAAAGGCCUGUUAGAGCUUGCAGAUAAAGUUUUGGCGGAAAUGGAUGCUUUAGGAAUUGGGAGGAACCGAGCAACUUAUGAGGCCCUUGUUGAUUAUUAUGGCCGUGCAGGGCGGUUAAAUGAUGUUUGGGCAGUUAUCGGUGAAAUGAGUAGGGAGGGGUUUGGACCAGACUCAUUUGUAUAUAGUAAGGUGAUUGGUGUGUAUAGGGAUAAUGGGAUGUGGAAGAAAGCAAUGGAGAUUGUGAGAGAGAUAAGGGAGAUGGGGGUUUCACUAGACAAGAGGAUUUAUAAUAGCAUAAUUGAUACGUUUGGCAAGUGUGGUGAGUUGAGUGAGGCCUUGGAAGUGUUUGAGAAAAUGCGGGAAGAAGGCGUGAAACCAGAUAUAAUGACAUGGAAUUCUUUGAUUCAGUGGCACUGCAAGGCAGGGGAUGUCGGUAAAGCACUUGAGUUAUUUAGUAAGAUGCAAGAAGAAGGGUUGUACCCUGACCCAAAGAUCUUCAUCACUAUCAUCAGCCGUUUAGGGGAGCAGGGGAAGUGGGAUGUGAUAAAAAGGAAUUUUGAGAAUAUGAAAUGCAGAGGGCAUCAAAGAAGUGGUGCCAUUUAUGCGGUUCUGGUUGAUAUUUAUGGGCAGUAUGGAAGAUUCCAGGGUCCGGAAGAGUGCAUAUCUGCUUUAAAAUCGGAAGGUAUUCAGCCAUCAGCUAGCAUGUUUUGUGUGUUGGCAAAUGCAUAUGCUCAACAGGGUUUAUGUGAGCAAACAGUUAAGGUUCUUCAGCUCAUGGAGACAGAAGGAAUUGAACCAAACCUUAUAAUGCUGAACAUGUUGAUCAAUGCAUUUGGCAUUGCUGGGAGACAUUUGGAGGCUAUAUCAGUUUAUCAUCAUAUAAAAGACACAGGUAUCAGUCCUGAUGUGGUCACUUACAGUACACUUAUGAAGGCAUGUAUUAGGGCAAGAAAGUUUGACAAGGUCCCUGAGAUAUAUGAGGAAUUGGAAUCUGCUGGAUGUACUCCAGAUAGGAAGGCUAGAGAGAUGCUUCAAACUGCACUUUUGGUCCUGCAUCAGAGACAUUGAAUCCACGGUUGAAUUCUGUAGAGCAUCAAGUUCAGGAACCGUGAUGAUUGGAACUGCUUCAGAAUGAGGGAAUGGCAAAAUGUGAAAAUAUGAACUGGCUGCCUAUCCCAACCAAAUGAAUUUGCCCCAUGAUGGAAACGAUGGAAAUGAUGUCAGUGAUUGGCCUCUGAGGAGAGACUGGAUUUAACGGUAACGGAGUUCUGAUACAUGGAAGAGAAGAUUAACCAACAUGAGAGAUGAAUAAAUAGUCAAUGAAAAGGAGGAAACCAAGAUGGAUGAACAGUCCAUGCUAACAAAAAUGCAAGACAAAUAUCGAAGAAAUGAGGAUGUCACUAAGAGAACUCCUCAUUACCAGAUGCAACUCAACUUGAGAAAGACGAGAAAAUCUGGGGUGUCUCCUGCAAAUUAGGCAUGAAAAUCUAGAGCUCGUGCAUCUGCUUGAAUUUAAUGAGGUAAGUUUGCUUGUUUGGUUAAUGGGAAAGGGAGGGUUGGUUUUAUAGAUUUGAGAGAGCACAUCCCUCAUCUCCUACUAUAACACCAAAUUCAAAAGCUACAACUUGUUAGUUAUGUUUGGCAUGCAGGACUAUCGGUGUUCAAAUCUUGACACACCUGGUGACAUGACUUGAAAACCAAAUGAAAUUAACAAAUUUAGGUUGUAAGUUGAUCAUGUUUAGAUUCUAUUUGUGUCAACUUGCUUGUCCAUCAAGUGGGUCAUGUUUGUUUGAAAGAUUUAACUUGAAGAUGAUUUAAGAUAAAGUUGAUCAUGUUUGGACUCUAUUCAUGUCAACUCGCUUGUCCAUUAAGCGGAUCAUGUUUGAUUGAAA